GGGGCGGCGCGGGCGGAGGAGCCGGGCGCGCUGUGGGGAGGACGGAGCUCACCUCCUCUGCGGCGCCCAUGGGGACAGGACGACUUUAAAGGAGUUUGGGGGGGGUUCUGACGACCCGCUGGGUGACUACGGAUCCGGCGAUUCCUGCCCUCGCCUCGCCCUGUCAUUGAUGGGAAAUCAACUGGAUCGCAUCACCCACCUGAAUUACAGUGAGCUGCCUACCGGGGACCCCUCGGGGAUCGAGAAGGACGAGCUGCGCGUCGGGGUGGCUUACUUCUUUUCGGAUGAAGAGGAGGACCUGGACGAGCGAGGCCAGCCAGAGAAGUACAGCGUGAAGGGCUCCGGCAGCCCUGGCCAGGAGACGCCCACCCACCACCUCCACCACCAGCUCGUGCUGAACGAGACCCAAUUCUCCGCUUUCCGCGGCCAGGAAUGCAUCUUCUCCAAGGUCAGCAGCGGCCCCCAGGCUGGGGACCUGAGCGUCUACUCGGUGUCAGCGCUGCCUGCCCUCUGCAAGCCGGGGGACCUGCUGGAGCUACUCUACCUGGGGCCGUCGGAGCAGCCGCCGCCGCAUUGGGCGGUGUACGUGGGCAGCGGGCAGAUCAUCCACCUGCACCAGGGGCAGAUCCGCCAGGACAGCUUGUACGAGGCAGCCGCGGGCAACGUGGGCCGGGUGGUGAAUAGCUGGUAUCGCUUCCGCCCACUGGUGGCUGAGCUGGUGGUGCAAAACGCCUGCGGGCACCUGGGCUUAAAAAGCGACGAGAUCUGCUGGACUAACUCCGAGAGCUUCGCCGCCUGGUGCCGCUUCGGGAAACGGGAGUUCAAAGCCGGGGGGGAGCUGCAGGCUGCUGCCGGCACCCAGCAGCAGUACUAUCUCAAGAUCCACUUGGCGGAGAACAAGGUGCACACGGUGAGGUUCCACAGCCUGGAGGAUCUAAUACGCGAGAAGCGCAGAAUCGAUGCCAGUGGCAAACUGAGAGUGAUCAAAGACCUGGCUAUAGUGGAUGGGAAAGAAUAGUGCGCAGCGGGGGUACAUGGCUUUCUUUCUUCUGCCCUGCUGGGGAGCCCAGCCUGCCACAGGGGCAGCCGGCUGCACCCUCUUUCCAUGGGACGCGACUGAAAGCAGGAUCCAUGGCAACAUUCCAAACAAACAGCGUUCUUUACACCCAUAGCCAGUAUUUUGUUUGGCUUUCAAUAGUGUUAAUGCUGAAAGAGCGCGUGAGAGAGGAAGAAAAGGGGGGAGGUGCACGAAUGCUGUUCUCUCAGUGUGUGGACAAAGUCUCUCCUGUUGAUCGAUGUUGACCAUUCUAGCAACACGCUAAUAAAAUUUCAAAUUGAAAUUUUUUUUUUAAAUUUUUAUUUCAUGGCUUUAAUCCAUGACAAAUUUUAAAUACUGGGGGCCAUGGAUGUGGAUUUAGCUAAAUGAGUUCUUAGCUAACAUUUGCCUUGCAGCCAACCAAAAGCAUCCAUCGUACUUUGCUAGUUGGAAGGGGUUGCAGGUGGGGGAGUUGUAAAUGCUUGUUUGCUUUGUUUCUCAACACUGUUGCUUCAGCCCAUAGCUGCAACCCAAAUUUUGUCCCAGCCAACUUUAGUGAGACAGCAGGGGAAAAUGCUUUCACAUUUCUGGUUGAAGCUGAUCACAUUUAAAGUAAUGUCUUUGCUUUCUGUCUGCAGCUCUCUGCUAAAUGUUAUCAUAAUUUAUAAGCUGUUUCCACCACUCUUUUAUUUUUUUAUUUUUUGUGAAAAAGUUGGUGAGCGGCUGUUUCUUUGAAACUAAAUUUGCUGGUUGAAGGUGUAUUUUGGAGAACAGUGUACUCAGUGUUGGUCCUUGGAGAUCCAGCCUCUAGACUCUUAUGCUUGGGCUGUGGGUUUGUGUCGCUGUAGUGACUCUCAUUGCAACACUGCAUCACUACCUCUUCAUGCACAAAUCAACAGAAUCCUGCAAGAAACAAAUAGGUUUGAAUUCUGCAUGUUGUCUUUUUAAACAGCAAUUUAUUACAAUAUUUACAAUUCCACUUGAAGUAUAUGUAAUGUGGCCAAGUUCAUUUUGCAUUUCAAAUUCUAAGCAACUAAGAAUCCCAUUCAGUCUUAAGUUUAAGAAUCCACAGCUGCAUUUAAGAUGCCUUUUAAUGUGAUGUGGGUAAUGCUUUGUCUGUAUUUCAGAUCCAAUUCACUCAUUGCUUAACUGGCAGUUUUGAAGUGAAAGAUCAAAAUAUUAAAUAUACAUAAAAUCUAAAAAAUUAUACUGGGGUAUUUCUAAAUCUGUAUUCUAUUUUUAUUACUCUGAGCUGCGUACAACUUGUAAUAAGUGAUUUGUCUUUGCAUGUUUCAGUACUGGAAAGAAAAUGCAUUUGUUUUUGUCCCCUCUUCACAUAUCAAUGUCAGAUAACAGAAUAGAAGUAACACCCCUGUUCUGUAUGUACAAUACACUCCACCCCCUAUCAAUGUACUGUAUCCUGGCUCCUUUUUGUAUUAAACAAUGUAAUUAGCAACCUUGAUGCAACAGUAACUUCAUUUCUACAAAGGGUUUGCCUCCCAUACCUGAAGCUGUGAGGGUGGAGUGUAGUUCACUAUAAGUAUCAGCAUAAAUAUGUUUUUUAAAAAAAUAAAUACACUCCUUUAGUGAAGGUCAUCAAACAGGCUUUGCAUACUGAUACACUACAUAUAGCAUAGUUAUGCCCUAAUAGGCAGCAUUACUUUUAUUUUCCUUCUCACCUUAAAGUACUGUUAGUACAAUAUGGGAUGUUUUGGGUUUUUUUAGUGAAUUGCCCUACCUUUUAUUAAAUAUGUAUUAUGUUAGUAUUAGAUGGGUGAUAAUGUCUGGUAAUGAUAGCUUUUUUUCCAUAGGAUUAACGAUCUUCUAUUUGUGUAUUUAUAUUGCAUUACAUCUCCCAGGCUGUUCCAGUUGCUGAGUACCUCAUAGCACUUGGGGGGAGCUCUGUGAGAUUGCAGAAAGAUACUGAUGUUGCAGCCAAAGCACUUAAGGAAAGAAUGGAACAUAAAUAGUAGGAUAAGGAAGAGUGGGCAAAAGUAAUUUAAUUCUUCCUUGUAAGAUAUGUUGGAGAACUAGGGUAGGAAGAGAUGGGAGAGGGAGUAAUUGGCAAGGUGUCUACAAAGACAGAAAGAAUAGAGUCAUGUAAAGUUUGAAUUCUGAAAUACUUUUUCUUCAAAUUGUUCACAAAUGAAUAAGAUAGGGUUAGACAGAGGAUCAUUGCAAGAAUAGCAUUGCAGUUCCUCACUAGUGCAAAUUUAAAGCACAGUGACUUUAAACAUUUCACUGUGCCUUGCAAAUACUCCAUCUCUCUAUCUAAACAGCCUUUUUAACUGUUUGUUGUGGGUUUUUUUGAUUUAUUUAUUUUAAUGACUAACUAACCUGGUUCAUGAACAUGUCAGUUUUCCUUAGUUGGCCUUGCUAGAUGUGUGUUUAUUCAAGCUCUUUGGCAUUUCUCCAGAUUUGUACAGACAAGGAUAACAAGAAAAUUAGGGCCUCUGUCCGUUGCAUGAGGUCUGGAAGAAUGUAUUGGAAAUAUUCAUAAAUGGCAUUGAUCUGAGAUUACUGCUGCAACUGUUUUUAAGUGGCAGUCUGCUUUUAGCAACAGAGAUAUCCACAUGGAUCAUUUUACUUUCACUGGACUUUAGUUUGUUUCUGAAGCAAUCUGGUUCUAAUUCGUACUCCACUGAAAUUAAUAGAAAGGUUCUCACUGACUUUGGUGAGCUUUGGGUCAGGCUGUGUUGAUUACGAGGUGGUUAAUAUUUGUGGACCUUGAAGAGAAGUGAGGUUUAAAAUGGCAUUGAGGAGGACAGAAGGGCCACCUUUCUGAGGUCAGAGACAGGCAAUAUUGUGGAAAUAGGCAAGAAAACAGGCUAGUUCUCAAACGGGCAGUGUUAAUGUGAAGAAGCAGUAGGAAAAGAGUGAAAAGUGAAUAGAAAUGGUUGUUCGGUGCCUUGAAACAAGAAGGGAAAGGCUGGGGAGCAGUUAGAUGCAAGUGAGGCAAUUAUGCUUAUGACUGACAGGUAGAAAAGUAAUUGAUUAUACUCAUCUUUCAGGAUCAGUGACCUGACUGAGUUAACAUUUCCAUUUCCAUCAGCAAAGAUAUUGACAAAAUAUGUUAUAUCCAUGGAAUCUGUUUACAUUCUUCAGUCUAUCAUUCUAGGGUAAAUAUUUAUAUCUAAGCAAUUCAUUGCCAUUGAAGUACUGUCUUGUAAUGUGACUGCAGGUUUAGGUUACUUGAAAAUCCUGCAUUUGUGCCACGUUUCCAGUUUUGUUAGCUAUUUGAGGAGCUGCUUUAUUGAAACUGUUUUGCUUGGAUACUAUAUUCCGUGUCAUUUCCAAAUGCAAUCUUUUGAAUUGCUUUGAGGCUAACAUUUUAUUAAAAAAUUGUUUCAUGUUCUCUUGAAGCAUAGAGAGCCUUUGUGAAAUGUUUUACUGGCAUGACUGAAUUGUUUGCUGGUUAUUGGCUGGGCAUGUAGGUAUAGUAGUAUGGGAAUGGA